ACCUCCCCACCCCUCGGAAGAAAAUAAUGCUGGCGGGCUCCCGCACCUCUCAGUCGCUCCCGGUCCGCCUCGGGGAAAGGGCACCCGCUGCGUCCCCGCGCCCGGACCCCUGCCGAGCCGCCCUCGCCACCACCUCGCGCCGAGAGCCGCUGCGCACCGCUUAGGCGGGAUCUACUAGCGCCGCGCCCCAGCACCGCCAGCUCCGGGAAGGCGCCGCCCGCAAGGACACCGCUCUGUCCCGCCUCGUCCGCAACUCCGGCCCUCGUCGGGCUCCACGCGAGCCAGGAGUCGGGACAUCCCCGUGCGCGCCGCGCCGCGGCUGGAGCGGCCCUCGCUGCCGGCCCUCGCCGCCAACUCCUCCUCGGACCCGAGACUCCAGACGCGGCUUCGCAGCGACUUCUCCUCACACCUCGGGGCUGCCCCGGUCUUUCCGCUCGCCUCCCCCGCUGCCCUCCAACCGCUCAGGACGGGGGUGCCAAGAUGCCCCGCUACUGCGCAGGGCCCCGGGCCUCCCUCGACGUGUGACCCUAGCCUGGUCCCCCUGCUCGGCCGUCCACCCUCCCCUUGGAGACCCCCGGCCCGGCCCCCGGGGGUGGAGGAGGACGAGGAAGACGCCGAGCCCGAAGGGGGAAUGUCCGGCUCCCAAAGCGUGAGCCCCCCGGGCUACGCGGCGCAGACCGCGGCGCCGACGUCCCGGGGAGGCCCGGAGCACCGUUCGGCGUGGGGAGAGGCCGAUUCCCGCGCCAAUGGCUAUCCCCACGCCCCCGGGGGCUCCACGCACGGCUCCACCAAGAAACCCGGGGGGGCGGUGACCCCGCAACAGCAGCAGCGCCUGGCCAGCCGCUGGCGCGGCGGCGGCGACGACGACGACCCUCCGCUGAGCGGCGACGACCCCCUGGCCGGGGGCUUCGGGUUCAGCUUCCGCUCCAAGUCGGCCUGGCAGGAGCGCGGCGGCGACGACGGCGGUCGCGGCAGCCGGCGGCAGCGGCGGGGCGCGGCCGGCGGGGGCAGCACCCGGGCGCCCCCUGCGGGCGGCGGCGGAGGCGGCGGCGGCGGCGGCGGCAGCUCGGCGGCCGCGGCCGCGGCGGCGGGCGGGACGGAGGUGCGCCCCCGCUCGGUGGAGCUGGGCCUGGAGGAGCGGCGGGGCAAGGGCCGCGCGGCCGACGAGCUGGAGGCCGGUGCCGUCGAGGGCGGCGGCGGCGGCGGCGAGGGUUCCGCGGAUGGCGGCAGCUCUGCAGGCUCGGGCUCGGGGCCCGGCGCCGUGCUGUCGCUGGGCUCCUGCUGCCUGGCCAUCCUGCAGGUAUUCCGUUCCAAGAAGUUCCCGUCGGACAAGCUGGAACGGCUGUACCAGCGCUACUUCUUCCGCCUGAACCAGAGCAGCCUCACCAUGCUCAUGGCCGUGCUGGUGCUCGUGUGCCUGGUCAUGCUGGCCUUCCACGCGGCGCGACCUCCGCUCCAGCUGCCCUACCUGGCGGUGCUGGCAGCCGCCGUGGGUGUGAUCCUCAUCAUGGCUGUGCUCUGCAACCGCGCGGCCUUCCACCAGGACCACAUGGGCCUGGCCUGCUAUGUGCUCAUCGCCGUGGUGCUGGCUGUCCAGGUGGUGGGCCUGCUGCUGCCCCAGCCGCGCAGCGCCUCCGAGGGCAUCUGGUGGACCGUGUUCUUCAUCUACACCAUCUACACGCUGCUGCCCGUGCGCAUGCGGGCCGCGGUGCUCAGCGGGGUGCUGCUGUCCGCCCUCCACCUGGCCAUCGCCCUACACACCAAUGCCCAGGACCAGUUUCUGCUCAAGCAGCUUGUCUCCAAUGUCCUCAUCUUCUCCUGCACCAACAUUGUUGGCGUCUGCACCCACUACCCGGCUGAGGUCUCCCAGAGACAGGCCUUCCAGGAGACCCGGGAGUGUAUCCAGGCACGCCUCCACUCCCAGCGGGAGAACCAGCAACAGGAGCGGCUCCUGCUGUCUGUCCUUCCCCGUCAUGUUGCCAUGGAGAUGAAAGCAGACAUCAAUGCCAAGCAGGAGGAUAUGAUGUUCCACAAGAUCUACAUCCAGAAGCAUGACAACGUGAGCAUCCUUUUUGCUGACAUCGAGGGAUUCACCAGCCUGGCAUCCCAGUGCACUGCGCAGGAGCUGGUUAUGACCCUCAACGAGCUCUUUGCCCGCUUUGACAAGCUGGCUGCGGAGAAUCACUGUUUACGGAUUAAGAUCCUGGGGGAUUGUUACUACUGCGUCUCUGGGCUGCCUGAGGCCAGGGCUGACCAUGCCCACUGCUGUGUGGAGAUGGGCAUGGACAUGAUCGAGGCCAUCUCGUUGGUCCGGGAGGUGACAGGGGUGAACGUGAACAUGCGAGUGGGAAUUCACAGCGGGAGAGUACACUGCGGUGUCCUUGGUCUCAGGAAGUGGCAGUUCGACGUCUGGUCUAACGACGUCACACUGGCCAACCACAUGGAAGCUGGUGGCAAGGCUGGACGCAUCCACAUCACCAAGGCCACACUCAACUAUCUGAACGGGGACUACGAGGUGGAGCCAGGCUGUGGGGGCGAGCGCAAUGCCUACCUCAAGGAGCACAGUAUUGAGACCUUCCUCAUCCUGCGCUGCACCCAGAAGCGGAAAGAAGAAAAGGCCAUGAUCGCUAAGAUGAACCGCCAGAGAACCAACUCUAUUGGGCACAACCCGCCACACUGGGGAGCUGAGCGCCCCUUCUACAACCACCUGGGUGGCAACCAGGUGUCCAAGGAGAUGAAGCGGAUGGGCUUUGAAGACCCCAAGGACAAGAAUGCCCAGGAAAGUGCAAACCCCGAAGAUGAAGUGGAUGAGUUUCUGGGCCGGGCCAUCGAUGCCAGGAGCAUUGACAGGCUGCGAUCUGAGCAUGUUCGCAAAUUCCUGUUGACUUUCAGGGAGCCUGACUUAGAGAAGAAGUACUCCAAGCAGGUGGAUGACCGAUUUGGUGCCUACGUGGCAUGUGCCUCGCUUGUCUUCCUCUUCAUCUGCUUUGUCCAGAUCACCAUCGUGCCCCACUCCCUGUUCAUGCUGAGUUUCUACCUGACCUGUUUCUUGCUGCUGACCUUGGUGAUGUUUGUGUCCAUGAUCUACUCCUGUGUGAAGCUCUUCCCCACCCCGCUGCAGACCCUCUCCCGGAAGAUUGUGCGCUCCAAGAUGAACAGCACCCUGGUUGGCGUGUUCACGAUCACUCUUGUGUUCCUUUCGGCUUUUGUCAACAUGUUCAUGUGUAACUCCAAGGACCUGGUGGGCUGCCUGGCCCAGGAGCACAACAUCACCGAGAGCCAGGUGAACGCGUGCCAUGUGGUGGAGUCGGCCUUCAACUACAGCCUGGGUGAUGAGCAGGGCUUCUGUAGGAGCCGCUGGCCCAACUGCAACUUCCCCGAGUACUUCACCUACAGCGUGCUGCUCAGCCUGCUGGCCUGCUCCGUGUUCCUGCAGAUCAGCUGCAUUGGGAAGCUGGUGCUCAUGCUGGCCAUCGAGCUCAUCUACGUGCUUGUCAUUGAGGUGCCUGGUGUCACGCUCUUUGACAACGCUGACCUGCUGGUUACCGCCAAUGCCAUAGACUCCAGCAACAACGGGACCUCCCAGUGCCCCGAGCAUGCCACCAAGGUGGCGCUGAAGGUGGUGACGCCCAUCAUCAUCUCAGUGUUUGUGCUGGCCCUGUACCUGCACGCUCAGCAGGUGGAGUCCACCGCCCGCCUGGACUUCCUCUGGAAACUGCAGGCCACAGAGGAGAAAGAGGAGAUGGAGGAGCUGCAGGCCUACAACAGGAGGCUGCUGCACAACAUUCUGCCCAAGGACGUGGCUGCCCAUUUUCUGGCCCGUGAGAGGCGCAAUGAUGAGCUCUACUAUCAGUCCUGCGAGUGCGUGGCUGUCAUGUUCGCCUCCAUCGCCAACUUCUCCGAGUUCUAUGUGGAGCUCGAAGCCAACAAUGAGGGCGUCGAGUGCCUGAGGCUGCUCAAUGAAAUCAUUGCAGACUUCGAUGAGAUCAUCAGUGAGGACCGGUUCAGGCAGCUGGAAAAGAUCAAGACCAUUGGCAGCACCUACAUGGCCGCCUCGGGCCUCAAUGACUCCACCUAUGACAAGGUGGGCAAGACCCACAUCAAAGCCCUGGCAGACUUCGCCAUGAGGCUGAUGGACCAAAUGAAGUACAUCAACGAGCACUCCUUCAACAACUUCCAGAUGAAGAUCGGGCUCAAUAUCGGCCCUGUAGUGGCUGGGGUGAUUGGGGCUCGCAAGCCUCAGUAUGACAUCUGGGGCAAUACAGUGAAUGUGGCCAGCCGCAUGGACAGCACUGGUGUGCCUGACCGCAUCCAGGUCACCACAGACAUGUACCAAGUGCUGGCUGCCAACACAUACCAGCUGGAGUGCCGAGGCGUGGUCAAGGUCAAAGGCAAAGGCGAGAUGAUGACCUACUUUCUCAAUGGAGGGCCCCCCCUCAGUUAGCAGCUGCCAGCCAGGGUGCCAACAGCUUGGCCUCCAAAGGAAAGGAAACCGCUCUUACUGCACCAUGUGGGCAGGUGGGGGAGCCGGACCCCAGCCACAUAGCCAUGCUGGUGAGAUUUCCACUUUAACUCAGAAGCAGCUUCUGCCUUUGCUGGUGGGUGUGGCCUCCGGCCAGGGCCCCAGUGCCAGCGUCCUGCAAGCACCAAGCUGACCAAAGAUGAUUCUGCAGAAGACUCUGCUCGACUCCAGCUGAAACAUUGCGUUUUCUGACAGGUGCUGCCAUUGCACGGUGGGGCGGAAGCAUUGCUGGAGCCUUCACAGGGGAGUGCAGCCUAGUGCACAGUGGCAGGCUUGAGGGAAGCCUAGAUGGGUGGGCAGGUGGGCUCAGUGCUGUCUGGGGGCACCCAGGGACUCUGAGGGUCUGCUUUUCCAUGUGAGCCUUUAACUGUCAGAGGCUGCACCCAGGUUCCUGGUGGUGCUCUGGGGCAGGAGUGCUGGCUCUGGAGGGCCGUGGCCUUUGCCGUCCUCUGCUCACAUCUCCACGUACACAGACAGUGCCCUGUGAGGGAAGGAGGACUUAUCAUGAAAGGGAGGCGAGAGGGUACCAGGUAGGGAGUGGUGGCUCUGAGAAAAAGAAAAUAUUUAUUAAGUAAAACAAGUUUUCUGUGCCCUUCUUUAGACUAUGCUAGUUGUAUGCGUGUAAGAGACACACAGCAAAUGAAGAUAUCACUGGGGUGGGAGGGUGGGUACCCCAACUUGUCUUUUUUGUAUUUUUUAUUUUGUAUUAUUGAAAAACCUUGGAGAUCUAACAGAUAUACCAAAUUCUAUAUUUUGUAAAUUCUCUAUAUUAGAAAACAGCUGUGCACAGUGGGGCGUUUGUGCUCAUUUGUACUGUAUGGAUGUCAGUGUAUGUUUUGGUGUGUGUAUCUGUGUGUUCAGGCUGUGGAACUGGUCUCCUGCAGCACAUGUUCUCAUCUCAGACUUGGCAGCUUUGGGUUUCCCCAGGCACUCUUUUGGGGUGUCAUAUAUCCAGAUUAAGUAGGAAAAUGCAGCGGCACAUUAUCCCAUCUCUAACAAAAACAAUCUCUCUCUCUCUCUCCCACUCCUCUCUCUCCAAGCACCCUGAGUUAGUGCAAGAGCAGUGAGAGGAAGACCAAGCUUCUUUCCAAUCCCCACUCAUAGGGAAGCACCGCAGUCCACACAGGCAACCAGCCCAUUGCCUGCCUCCCUUCUGUUCUCUGCAUGCACUGUCAGCAUUUACUGCCUGAACAGAGGUGGCAGCCCUGGCUGACUGUGAAGAGCUCAGGGAUGGCCAUGCCUCCCCUUCUCCCCCCACCCGAGGGCUGGAAGCCCACCCUGUGUGACCUACUCAGCUGGCUGAGCCACAGGUCACCUUCCCUGGAGAUGAUCGCUGUGCAGGCCUCAGGAUUGGGGAAGGAGGCAGCCUUGCCCUUUCAGCUACAAAACAGAACGGGUAGAGCCAAGAAUCCCUAGGAAAAAGCUCACAAUUUUGUGUAGUUUUUGAUUUGGAGGGAGGAGGAGGAAAAUUUUUUGAAAAUAAUUUCUGAGGGAUGCAUUUAGAAAAUGAUACUCUAUUGUAGAGGUAUAAAUAGCAUCCUUAGGGCCCAAGCCAAUACUUACCUUGCUUCUCAGGGCAGAAUUAUUCUCCCCUCUAACAGGAGCUUGAAGGUCCGGUGGCAGCUGUAUGCCACCUGCUGAUAUGUUCCUUUGAUGUCUAUCUGCACCACCCCACCCCAGUAUGAACAGCUCUGAGAGGCAGUGUAUGGACCCCAAAAUGCCAAGCCUGAGUGUGUCCUGUGCUUUUUCUGCUCUACCCUUUUGAGUUCUGUAUUGCCCUCACCUCUGGUUCAGGGACUGCUUUCUUCCACUGUGUUGUUCUCAGUUCCUGCCCUCCAUAUGCUCACCAGUGUGGUGGGGUUUCCUUUUGCUUCCAGUCUGAGUACAGUGUGUGUGCUGAGUUCAUGCCACGUCCCCAUAUCGGUCACAGCCUCGUGAGGCCCCUCCCCACCCCAGCAGUGACUGGUGACGGUGUGCAGUGCUAGCUCUUCGUUCCCUCUAAGGGGUGUGCACUCUUUUUAUUCCUGCUCUUGCAAAAACGGAUACGAUUAUGAUUUCCCAUGGAAAUUGAAAAGUCUAUUUAAAUAAUUUAACUAUUAAACACUUUCACUGGUAA